AAAGUACAACAGCCAAUGGAAAAAAGGAAAAAGAAAAUGAAAUCAAAUUGCCCACAAAAACAGAUUCAGUGAAUUGGCCAAGUGAAAACACAAAAAUUCUCUGUAAUCUGAAAAAGGUUUUGGGUUUAUAAUCAUGCAAUUAGUUGGAAGCUCUUCAUUAAUGCAAAUGCAAAUGCCGUUGUCUCCCCACAAUAAAAUCAGACCAAACUUGGCCUUGAGGAUCCCCUCAAAGACACUGUCCUGCUCCCUUUUCCCAACACAACAACCUCUACUCAGACACUCAGACUGUGACGCGCACAAACACACAUAUACAUAUAUACACACACUCGCAUACAGUGCUAAAUGGUCGAGACACAGCCUGAUCUGUGUCCCAUCUCCCUCCUCCCUGUCCUGGUCCAUGUUUGAGCUUCUGGGUCUGGAAGGUAUACUUAGUAGUAGCAGUAAUACUAGUAGUUGAAAGUGGUGGCGUCGGCGGCGGUGGCGGUGGAGAUGAAUAGUGGUGGUGGAGGUGGGGUGGGGGGAGUCACUGGGGGGUUGGGGACUGGGGUGUUGGCAAUGAGGUCUCCAUUUACAGUGUCUCAGUGGCAAGAACUAGAGCACCAAGCUUUGAUUUUUAAGUACAUGAUGGCUGGUUUGCCUGUGCCACCUGAUCUUGUGCUACCCAUUCAAAAGAGCUUUGAGUCCAUUUCUCAUAGAUUUUUUCACCAUCCCACCGUGGGAUAUUGCUCCUUUUAUGGGAAGAAGGUUGACCCGGAGCCGGGACGAUGCAGGAGGACUGAUGGUAAGAAAUGGAGGUGCUCCAAAGAUGCAUACCCAGACUCCAAGUAUUGUGAGCGCCACAUGCACCGUGGCCGCAACCGUUCAAGAAAGCCUGUGGAAUCACAAACCAUGACACAGUCAUCGUCCACUGUGACAUCACUGACUGUUACUGGAAGCAGCAGUGGGACUGGAAGCUUCCAGAAUCUUCCGCUGCGUACCUUUGGUAAUCUCCAGGGCACUGGUUCUGGAACUAACCAAUCCCAUUAUAAUAUGGACUCCGUUCCCUUUGGGAUCCCUAGCAAAGAUUACAGGUAUGGUCAAGGACUCAAGUCCGAGGUUGGUGAGCAUAGUUUCUUCUCUGAAGCCUCAGGAAGCAACAGAGGCCUCCAGAUUGACUCACAGCUAGACAGUGCUUGGCCUUUGAUGCAAUCCAGAAUCUCAUCAUUUCCCACGUCGAAGUCCACUGAUAAUUCAAUGUUGCAGAAUGAUUAUCCCCAGCAUUCAUUUUUUAGUGGUGGAUUUGCCACUGGGGAGCUUGUGAAGCAGGGUGGCCAGUCUCUUCGGCCCUUCUUCGAUGAGUGGCCUAAAACCAGGGAUUCUUGGUCUGGCUUUGAAGAUGACAGAUCCAACCCAACUUCAUUCUCUACAACCCGCCUUUCAAUAUCCACUCCCAUGGCUUCAUCCGACUUGUCCACGCCAAGUUCUCGUUCACCACACGAUAACAUAGACGGCAUGUCAAGGACUGAUGGCUCUGUUGCAGAAUGCCCUGGCAAAUUGUAACAGUAUUUAACAGGUGGAAGCUCGAAAAGAUCGGUUUAUCACUUGAUGUAGUUUGAUUUUUAAUCAUGGUUAAACCUGUUGCGAGUUAUCUCAUAGAUGCUUGUGUAAUGCACACAUUUGAAAGCUUUGCAAACUCCAGAUUUUAGUUGUGGAAUAAAACAAACUCAGGCUGUGGUGAUUGAGAAACCAAA